AUGGCAUUGUGGUCUGGUGUUUUAUUAGGAGAUAUGACACGCUACGGGGAGAACGGAGGAAUUCAAGAAAGUAGCUCUUGUAGGUUUUUGUCGUUCACAUCGGCAAACGCUAAGACUGAAGGCUAUAUAGAAGGAGCUAUGCGAAAUCUCAAACAGGAAGACUUCCCUGGAAAAAGACGGUUAAGAGCUGACGUAUUUGUACUGCAAAAUUAUGAGCGCAUACGACGUCGUGAGCGAAAUUAUGGUGAUGGAUUGCAUGUUUACUUGAAAAAACAGAAAAAGAGAAGGUAUGAAAAGAGGACAAAGAAUAUCGCUGAGAGCAACAAUGAAUCUGAUAGUGAUUUGCCAGAAAUGACAUAUCACACAAGCCAAGAGAGAUGGGGUAAGAAAGAUCCGGAAACUCCAAAGCAGAAUCCAAAGCUUGGAAGGUAUCAACAAUCACCAUCAAUUCCACUGAGUGUAACUCCAAAUUUAAAGAAAAAUAAAAGCAAAAGCAAAACGCUACUUGAUAAAACAGACAGAGAUGCAACAUUGAUGCGAAGUUCACCAGGUAAAAGAAAGUUUAUGAGUGAUAUGACGUACAAACAGAACGAAGCAGAUAGUACCUAUUCCAAAGUGGCAGUUACGAAGAUGAAAAUUGACGAUUUAGCAGAAAAUAAACAUGAAGAUGUUCAGGUCAUAAAGAAGGACAAAUACGUAACGAAGCACACCUUGAUCCAUGUCGAAGAAAAGGAAGCUAAAAUAAAGCGCAAGAAACGUUUGUCAAAAGCGAAAGAGAGCAGGAGAUCAAAAAUGGACCGAAUGGAUGUGGAAAGGAAUGGACGGGUGCAGCACAAAAAACAUGAAAGAGGAAAAAAUAAUGCCAAAAGAACAACAAUGUCGCAAGGAGGUAGUAAUUCACAACUUAACAAAAGCAAAUGA